AUGUCUGUCAUCGCAACGUUUUGGAGUCCCGCUCCGCCGCCGCCCACCCCACUCGGCCACCACCGCCGCCUCUCGUCUCUCGCUGGCGUCCAUGUCUCCCCCAUCUUUCUCGGUGGCAUGAGCAUCGGCGACAAAUGGACGGACAUGGGCUUCGGCUCGAUGGACAAGGAGUCCAACUUCAAGCUCCUGGACGCGUUCUACGAGGCCGGCGGAAACUUCAUCGACACCGCGAACAACUACCAAGACGAGAGCUCUGAGGAGUUCAUCGGACAGUGGAUGGAGUCGCGCGGAAUCCGCGACCAGAUCGUUGUCGCCACCAAGUUCACCACCGACUACAAGCGCGGCCGGACGGACAUCAAGCAGCACACGAUGCACACAGGGAACAGCAUGAAGUCCAUGCACGUCUCGCUCGAGGAGUCGCUCAAGAAGCUGCGCACCUCGUACAUCGACAUUCUCUACGUUCACUGGUGGGACUACACCACCAGUAUCGAAGAGCUCAUGAAUGGCCUCCACGGGGUCGUCAUGUCGGGCAAGGUCAUCUACCUGGGCAUCUCCGACGCCCCCGCGUGGGUCGUCUCCCGCGCGAACCAGUACGCGCGCGACCACGGCAAAACGCCCUUUGCGAUCUACCAGGGCAAGUGGAACGUGCUCAUGCGCGACUUCGAGCGGGACAUCAUCCCGAUGGCCCGCGCGGAGGGCAUGGCGCUCGCGCCGUGGGACGUCCUCUCGUCCGGGCGCAUCCGGACGGACGCGGAGGAGGAGAAACGCCGGCAGACGGGCGAGAACGGACGCACUGUCUGGUCGUCGGACUGGGAGCGGACGGAGGCGGAGCGCGCGAUGUGCAAGGUCCUCGAGGAGGUCGGGGAGGAGGUCGGCGCGAAGUCGAUCCAGGCCGUGGCGAUCGCGUACGUGAUGCAGAAGACGCAGUACGUGUUCCCGAUCGUCGGCGGGCGCAAGAUCGAGCACAUGCUCGCGAACAUCGCCGCACUCGAGAUCGCGCUCUCGGACGCCCACAUCGCCAGGAUCGAGUCCGCCUCGCCGUGGAACCCCGGGUUCCCGAUGGACCUCUUCGGCACGGGAGACGCUUACGCGUCCACGUGGAUGAUGGGCGCGCAGGUGAAGGCGUGGCCGCUGGCGCCUGCUAUCCGUCCCACUCCCGCGAACUGA